AUGGAGAAGAAGGGAUGUUGGUCUUUGAGGAUAUUUCAAAUGGAACUUUACAGGAGAAAUUACAUGUACAUGGUGAUAAAAGCUUCAAAUGUGUUACUUGACAAGAAAUUCAAUUGCAAGUUAUGUGAUUUUGGGUCAGCAAAAAUGGGAUUUUCAUCAACAAUUUUGCCACCAAAUUCGUCGACGAAUCGUAUGAUGCUGGUUUCUCCAGGUUAUACAGAUCCUCACUAUUUAAGAACUGGCAUUGCCUCAAAAAAGAAUGAUAUAUACAGCUUUGGUAUAAUUAUUUUGGAAUUAAUUUCUGGGUUUGAAGCACUUUCUUCUGAUACUGGAGAAAGGUUAAUAUCAAAAGCUGGUAAUAUAUUAAGGGAUGCAACUAAGGUAGCAGAAAUGGUGGAUUGA